AUUGGCAGGAAUUGACAUAUUUCUCAUUCAUUUCAAAUUGCAAGUAUUUUCAACAUUUCCAAAUUCUUAAUCGCUGCGAUGCACGUCGUACCCUCCAAAUUUAAGUUGCUCGCCCGAAACGCGCACUUGCAUUCCGUGUUGUUGUAAACACACAGCACGCACACACACCUUCACCGCACAUCUAUGGGCUUGCGCGACGCGACAAACACGACGCAUACAUGAAGCAGCAGCCGCAGCCAGCAACCCCACAAUCGCACAGAAAUACAAGUCACAUUAUUAUACUAGAAUCUUCCGCACGGCAUGGAGUUGUUCAAGUUCGCAUGUCCGAGAUUGUUGGUGGUGCGUUUCACGACGACACCGCGUCCGAAAUCGGCGGCCAGAGGAUACGCUAGAUUGGCCGAAGUCGGGAAGUUAGAAUCUCCCAAGUUGUCCGGACGUUAUGAUACAGGCCAGCUGAUUCUGCAUCGUGUGUUUGGCUAUCGCGGCGUUGUUUUAUUCCCGUGGCUAGCGCGUGUCUAUGAUCGUGACCUGCCGCAGCAGAAAGACGCCGAUGAAUUGAAUCCGGCUGUUGUCAAGGAAGUGCACGGCAGGCAGCAUCUUUUCUAUCAGGUGUUGAUUGAUCAAAGAGAUUGUCCCUUCAUUCGAGCGCAAACCGAAGCGGUGACUUUUCUCGGUAAUCAAGAGUCCUCGAGGAGUUUAUACGCUAUCCCAGGGUUGGAUUAUGUAGCACACGAGGAUAUUAUGCCUUAUACAAGCGCUGAUAAAGCUCCCGUGCAGCACGAGUUGUUUGAUAAGUUCCUCGCGCAUGCGGGCGAUAAAGAUCCGCCGUUCAUCGCGCAGGAAACACUCAAAGCCUGGCAGAAUAAGAAUCAUCCAUGGUUGGAGCUCUCGGACGUGCAUAAAGAAACCACUGAGAAUGUCCGCGUUACAGUGAUACCUUUCUAUAUGGGUUGUAGGGAAUCGCAUGCGAGUAGUGUGUACUGGUGGCGGUAUUGCAUCCGGCUGGAAAAUCUCGGCGCGUUGGCAGUGCAGCUACGCGAACGUCAUUGGCGUAUUUUUUCGCUCUCCGGCACGCUGGAGACGGUACGUGGCCGUGGAGUGGUUGGGCAAGAACCGGCUCUCACGCGUACUUUGCCGGCGUUUCAGUACAGCUCGCAUGUGAGCCUGCAGGCGCCCAGUGGGCACAUGUGGGGCACGUUUCGCAUGGAGCGCGAGGAUGGCUAUACGUUCGACUGUCGCAUACCGCCGUUUUCGUUGGAGAGCAAACCCGAGGGUGGGCCUGCUGCACCGCCAGGAUCACUCUAACCCCCCAUCGACUUGCUCAUUACUUCUAUUUGUACAUAACUUAGCGAUAUACACGACGACGGAUAUGUAAUUUAUAUUUUAUAUCUAAAUACACUCUAAACAUCCA